UUGUUGCACUUAGUCAACUGUUGUAGUCCAAAUGUGAUACACUUUAGGUAGUAUGUGAUAUACAAAUCGGAGAAAAUAUUUAAUGUUUGAAUGGUUUUGCUUUAUGUAAAGAUCAGUGUGUAGAAAAUAUGAAUGUCUUUACUAAAGUUUUAGCAAGUAAUGUGUUGGAUUCGGUGUCAUUUCGGAAGGAAAAUCCAGGGACUUCAGAGUGGACACCAUUGUUGAGAAAAAGAUCAUCUGAAGUGCGCACACCAGUAUUCUUCAUUCCACAACGAUGGGUGAUGGCAAUAAUGGGCUUCUUGGCCGUGGCGAACGCUUACACGAUGCGUGUGUGCCUCAACAUAGCUAUCACGCAAAUGGUUAGACGGCGGACGACCGCUGGCGGCGCGGACGACGGGGCGUGCCCGGCAGACGGCGCUGAAUUACAGGAGGCUGUGUCGGAUGCUACGGAAAUAAGUGGCUUCGACUGGGACGAAGAAACUCAGGGCAUAAUUCUUAGCGCCUUCUACUACGGGUACAUAGUUACGCAUUUACCGGGCGGCAUGCUAGCCGAGCGGUUUGGGGGGAAGUACUCUCUUGGCUUCGGAGUCCUUAGUACGGCGGUUUUCACUCUCCUCACGCCGUGGACUGUAAGCGUUGGUGGCGCCACUGGACUCAUCAUUUUGAGGGUGUUGGAAGGUUUGGGAGAGGGCACGACGUUUCCAGCUCUAAACGCGAUGUUGGCCCGAUGGGCACCCGUUUCAGAGAGGGGACGAAUGGGCUCUCUCGUGUUUGGGGGGGCACAGAUCGGAAACAUAGCUGGGACGUAUUUGUCGGGGCUGGUGAUGAAGGAAACUGGAGAGUGGGAGUCGGUGUUCUAUCUUUUUGGCGCCAUCGGGAUCUUGUGGUUCAUUUUGUGGGCAAUCCUAUGCUACAACGAUCCGGAGUCCCAUCCUUACAUAUCUGACAAGGAGAAGAAAUAUUUGGAAGAAGCUUUAGGCCGCCACAACAACAGCCAGCCGUCUUCUAUUCCUUGGAAGGCCAUCUUCAUGUCUGUGCCUCUAUGGGCUUUGGUCUGUGCUCAGAUCGGCCACGACUACGGCUACUUUACCAUGGUGACGGAUCUUCCUAAAUACAUGACGGGAGUCCUAAAGUUCGACAUUCACCGCACUGGCACGCUGGCGGCGCUACCCUACGCCGUCAUGUGGAUCAGCUCGAUUAUCUUCGGCUGGAUGUGCGACAAGAUCGUUAAGAAGAACUGGCUCACCGUCACUAAUGCUAGGAAAACGUUUACUACUAUUGCCUCUGUCGGUCCCGGAAUAUGCAUGAUCCUGGCUUCAUACUCCGGCUGCAACACAGAAGCUGUGGUCCUCCUGUUCACGGCAUCCAUGGGUCUCAUGGGCGCCUUCUAUCCGGGCAUGAAGGUCAAUGCCCUGGACCUGAGUGGGAACUACGCUGGCACCAUCAUGGCAAUCGUGAAUGGUAUUGGAGCCAUAACUGGAAUCAUUGCACCGUACCUGGUUGGACUGCUCACGCCUGAUAGCACACUAGUACAAUGGCGUCUUGUGUUCUGGAUAGCGUUGGCAGUGUUCAUUGUUACCAACUUGGUGUUUGUGGCGUGGGCCUCCGGAGAGGAGCAAUGGUGGAACCACAGCGCACAGGAUCCCACGAAGCAGCAAGAGGCUGAAUCAGGCACCAACCAAUCAGGAUUGAACCAUUCCGUCAAUGCUGAAAUAAAGUUGUAGUUUCACGGAAGUAGAUUACUUGGUAUUUUUUAUAUGGAGGUCUUAGUUUGCCACAAAUAAGAGUGAAGUAAUGAGAUUAUUAGUGGUGCCGAAGUUAAGUGUAGCUUAACUUUCUGUACGAAAAAAAAAACAUAUUUUAUUGAUGUAUUAGCAGUAACAGAGAUAAAAUAGAAAAAAACAGAAAGGGGCUGAAAAUUUUACAGCAAGUUGCAAAGACUGUGUGUUCAGGUAAUUUAACUGGCUUGUACAAAUCUGAAAUUU